AUGAACACGGAGUUGAUAUCAAAUAUACAAUUCCGACUCAUAGAUUUCAAGAUAUGGUUAUAAAGUAAAUAAAAGAAUCUUAGAUUGAUCAACCUUCUGAAUUCAAAGAAUAAAGAAAGAAUUCUUUAAUAUAUGUCAAACUAAGAUCAUGCUGAAGUAUACUUGGCAACAGUUAUAGGAAUCAAUCCAAAAAAUAUAUUAUACAAUUGA